AUGUCGUCUACCUCCACCCUGUCCAUUGCGAUUCCCCAGCCUCAGCCUCAGCCUCGCGCUUCCCGCGUUUCCUCUCCUUCAAGUUCAUCUUCAGGCUCAGAGUGUCCCCACUCGUCAAUCCAGCCCUCCCAUAACCCACGUCGUCCUUCGAUAUCCAAUACGAUGCACUGGCUGUCUCGUACCGCUGUUCAGCAGCAACCAUACUCUCCUUCAAAGCCCACCAGGGUUUCUGAGCCAAAGCGUUCUCGUACUAUCGAUUACAUUUCGACUCCCCGCAACGGCACCCUAGGCGCAGGCGCAACUGUCGUCAGAACUCCCGACGAUGCUUUGCGAGAGACUGGGAUCAGGCUCUCUCCAGGGUUACGCGAACGCGAAACAGCCUCUCUUUCCCGUCUUUCUCUGGACCAGAAAGAUUCCCAGCGAAAAAGGCCCUCCAUCCCAUUGGCCUCGACCAGUCGGCGUUCAGAGGUUCUGUCUGCGGUCACCGAGCCCAUAUCUCCCCCUACGAGUCCACCUUUGCCCCCCAUUCCUCUUUCUACCGCCGAUGAAGAAGUUAAACCUGUCCAAAUCGACAGUCCUGCACCCAAGUCUCCUCCCCGACCAAUCAGAGCACCCCCUGCACCUCCAUCGACCCAGACCCAGUCUCGCAGAUCUUCCAUGAAGGGGCGUGGUUCAGGUUCAUCUUCGGGAUCAGAUGAAGCUCCAACAGUUCCCCCAUUGCCACUUCAUGUGGUUGCCUCAACCCAACCCCCACCAUUUCAAGUCAUAUUGGUGUCUGAACCCCCUCUCACGACUUUCGAUCCCUCCAAAAUUAUAGUCACGUUGGAGACAUGCACUGCAACUUACAAGACCUCUCUUUCCACGAUAUACUCACGACCUUCCAAUCUCUCAGCCUAUUUCUCUAAUUUACUAUCUCAUUCUGAUCGACACUCUACCGCUUCCGUAUAUUCAACCGACAGUGACGACUUGGCUAUGUACAAUCGCCAUCUUACAUCCCAGGGUUUACUACCCCCUUCAAUGAACAUUCAUAUUUUCAUCGACCGGCCCAGUUCACCAUAUUCACAUAUCCUAUCUUACCUUCGGACGCCAUUGAUAGAAGGACAAGCAGAAGUCCUGCCUCGCGCAUUGCAGCUCCAUUCCUCUUUAUCUACUCAAGCACGAUUGGAAAGCCUAAUUGAGGUUCGGGACGAAGCUGCCUUCCUAAAUCUUGAUGGUCUUCACAAACUAUGCUCCGACGAAAUACGUCUCCGUUAUGGACCACGGUUACACACCAGGGGCAACAGCUCUGGAUCCAACCACUCUAUUCACAGUUUGCAUGCUUCGAUAUAUAGCCUGCACACCCUGUUGGAACGUAUAGAACCAGAUUUGGCCGUAAUGUCACCAUCGGAAGUAACCCCGCCAGCCACAGCAAGCAGCAAAAAGUCUACAAGCCCCGAGGAGGCAUUCCCAACAAAGUCCCCACCAACACCACAAUCAUGGGAUGGCCCUCGUCUCGAACAAAGAACUCAAAGUAGGUUGAGCCAACACAGUCAAGGUAGACAAAGCCAAUCAUCACCACCAGCUGGCUGGAUUUGA